AUGAGCACCAUUACCAAAGAAUGGCUACUGAAGACUAUCGCGGAGCUUGAAGAAGAGCGAGAUGCUACGCCAGGCGCAGUGAACGAAGACGCGGCGAUGGCGCUCGCUGCGAUGAAGCUAGCGCUGGCAUCGCUCGAAGCGGAGCCUGUGGCGUGGCUACUGUCAGGCGGCGGCGCAAAAAACAACGUCAGCUUCGAUAGUGGCAAUGCUUAUGCCGCCCAGCUGCGAGAAGUAACGCCGCUUUACACCGCCCCGCCAGCGCCGGUAUCUGUGCCCGCUGCGAUGGAAAUUGAUGAUGACUUUGACAGCGCGUUUGAACACGGAAAAGCUGUCGGCUGGAACGCCUAUCGCGCCGCCAUGCUUCAGGCCGAACCUGUAAGUAAUAGUGAUGAGUUACCGCUGGACUAUCUGCAAGGACACAAAGACGGCCUGGAGUGGGCUGCACAAUUGGCAGAAGCCAAUCAUCCGCAAACAGGUGACUGGUUGUACGACGACCAAAUCGAACUUGCCAGGGCGAUUCGCAAAGGUCCGGAUAUGCCUACUGUUCAGGGUGGCAACUCUCCGGUGAUUCCAGAUGGUUGGGUGAUGGUGCCGGUUGAGCUUACUCCGGAUAUGCGUGCAGCAUGGGAUUCGGCUCCGUACACAGACGAUGAUGACAACGACAUGCAGGCUGCAUACCGCGCGAUGAUUGCAGUAGCACCGCAGUGGAAGGUGAAGUGA